ACUUGGUCAAGAAUUUCUUCUCCUAUAAAUUAAUUAGCAAUGAAGCACAUUGUAUUUGCAAAGUAAACCUAACUUCUCAUAACAUUCUUCCAAUAUGAGAAACCACAGUCAAUUUGUUUUUUCCUGCAUCGUUAACCAACUUUCACAAAAACAAAAAUUAUCAAAGAAUGCUCAUCAAUCGUCUUCUUCUUUACCCCUUUUAAACAUUAUCUCAUCCUUACGGAUUCGACAUGGUAGUUGGUAUAUACCAUCUUCAUAUAAUUUAACACAACCACAAGUACUCUACCGUCGUCGAGUGCAAACCCUAUCGAAUAAUAUCUAUCUCACCCCUUCUGUUCUCAUGUCCGACGUCAAAUUCUACCUUGAAAUUUCAAAAUUAUUUGGGAAUUGGAACGCGGUGUAUCAAGAUCAACGUGACGCGAUAGUGGAAAGUACAAUGACACAAGUGCGUAGUAUCGCUGAGUCUAACAAGGGUCAUCACGGAGUGUUGGAAUUAUCUGUGGAUGUAAAAUUGGAAUACGACCAUGUUUUUGAUUAUAGGAUUUUGUUUCCGGAAGAGCAUGGUAUGGUGCCAGCUAGUAAAUCAUCCAUGCAGUUAUUAAAGAAGAUGGAGAUUGAUGAAAAAAAUACCAAGGACGAAUGUAUAGUGUGUUUAGAGGAGCUUGUGACGAAGGAAUCUGAUCAUGACAUACUUAGCAUGCCUUGUUCUCAUAUGUUCCAUGGAGAGUGUAUCACCAAGUGGCUCGAGACAAGCCAUUAUUGCCCUAUUUGUCGCUAUGAGAUGCCCAAGGAGAAAGAAGAUCAGACUUGUGCCAGUUGAACAAACCACCAAUUAAAUUUUACAACUUAUCGCAGUGUGUGUCUUCGGAGCGGCACGUAUGCAAGAAUUGGUACCGAUAAAUAGUUUUAGAAAAUCUUUUGAGAUAAUGCAUAUGUGUAGAAAUAGUAGGAAACAUUAGUUGAUAUGAUUCCAUGGGAUUUCUUUAUUAUACAAUAUCAUAAACUCUUAGUUGUUUUUAAUGCUUUAAUUUUUAUGGAUGCGAGAUCAUAUUGUUUUGAUAUUUUGAUUUGAAA